AUGCAGAAGCAGACGGGCAAGUCCGGUGGAGGCGGCGGUUCCGCCGCGGCCAAGCGCGGUCGCCCGUUCGGAAGCACCACCGGAAGCGGGGCUGCAGCCGCGGCCGCCGCGGCCGCCGUCGGCGACCCGGCGGCGCCGGCCGCCCUCGUCGGACCUUCCCUCCAUGUCCUCACGGCUCUCUCCGAUCAGAACAAUAAAAGAAUCGUCCUUGCAUUGCAAAGUGGGUUGAAGAGUGAGAUACUAUGGGCAUUGAACGCCCUCACUGUACUCUCUUUUAAGGAAAAGGAUGACCUCCGACGGGAUACAACACCUCUUGCUAAAGUUCCUGGGCUAUUGGAUGCCCUCCUUCAAGUUAUUGAUGACUGGCGAGAUAUUGCAAUGCCUAGGGACCAUACAAAACCACCAAGAGUAAGAACUUUGGGUGUCAAUACAACAAUCUCAGGAUUUGGUCUUGAAAACGUUGGGAAAGUAUACUCGGACAGCACCACUCCUCCAAAUGAUCAAUCAAAGAUAGAGGGCUCCACUAUCACAAAGAGGAGAUCUGCAGGAUUUUUGUUUGAUGAAGAUGGUCUUUUUAAUAUUGAUGAUGAAGGGCGGACAGAGAGGCAACAGUGUGCUGUUGCGGCCUCCAAUAUAAUCCGCAAUUUUUCUUUCAUGCCAGAAAAUGAGACUAUCAUGGUCCAGCAUAGACAUUGCUUGGGGACUAUAUUUCAGUGCUUAGAAGACCAAAAUGCAGACGAUGAGCUCAUAACAAACAUGCUGGAGGCCCUUGUUAAUUUAGCACCUGUGCUGGACCUGAGAAUCUUGAGCUCGUCAAAGCCAUCAUAUAUUAAAAUGACUGAGAAAAGCGCAGUUCAUGCCAUAAUGGGCAUGCUUUCCUCUUCAAUAAAAGCAUGGCAUUGUGCUGCUGCUGAAUUGAUUGGGCGGCUGAUAAUCAAUCCAGACAAUGAAUCGUUUCUUGUUCCUGUGAUUUCACAGAUAUACAGGAGGUUAGUUGAUCUGUUGAGCGUGCCAGCAUUUGAUGCACAGGCUGCUGCUGUUAGCGCCCUCUACAACGUAUCAGAAGUGAACAUGGAUUGUAGGCUGAAGCUGGCUAGUGAGCGAUGGGCUGUGGAUAGGCUUCUAAAGAUCGUGAAGGCACCACACCCUGUGUCGGAGGUCUGUAGGAAAGCAGCGGUGAUACUGGAGAGCCUUGUCUCGGAGCCUCAAAACAGGAUGCACCUCCUGGUUCACGAGAAUAACUUUGCUGAGAUCCUAACGUCGGAAGGGAAAUACUCCGACACGUUUGCUCGGAUUCUGUACGAGCUGACUGCGAGACCGAGCAACAAGGUGACGUCUGGGCAAGCUAUCUGGGGAAACAUAAACUGA